AUGCCCGACCACUACAAAAAUAGAGAGAAAAUGGAAGUCAUUCCCUAUGCUUCAGCCAUAGGUUCUACCAUGUAUGCGAUGCUGUGUAUCAGACCUGAUGUGUGUCUUGCUAUUAGUUUAGCAAGGAGGUACCAAAGUAAUCCAGGAGUGGAUCACUGGACAGCGGUCAAGAACAUCUUGAAAUACCUGAAAAGGACUAAGGAUAUGUUUCUCGUUUAUGGAGGUGACAAAGAACUCGUCGUAAAUGGUUACGUCGAUGCAAGCUUUGACACUGAUCCGGAUGACUCUAAGUCACAAGCCGGAUACGUAUUUAUAUUGAACGGUAGAGCUAGUUUGUGGGACGUCACCGAGCUGAACGUGUGCAGAUCGCGGAGGUGCCGUACUUUCGGUACUAGGAUCGGUCGGAUCGUGAAGACGUACGACUACAUCAACCGCGUUGUCAUAACGCUUCCGCUUUCAGUCUACGAGGAUAUUGCUUUGAUGAAAAGUUUUGCUUCAGAACUUGCUGCAGCUGGUCGGCUAAUUGAUGAUGAUGAACUAAAGGAGUAUAUCCUUGCUUGUCUUGAUGGAGAAUAUAACUCUGUGGUUGCCUCUAUUAGCGCUGUUCCUACCACCACUCUUGCUGAUGUUUGUGCACAGCUUAUGGCAUAUGAUUACAGGCAGCAAAUGCUUGCCGAGUCAGAUCAAACCGUUGGGGCAGACACAUCCAAUCCAACACACGGUCGUAAUCCACAGAGAGAUGGUCAUGGUCGUGGUCGUGUCCGUGGUCGCAUACCUUCCCCUCGCCAGGAUAUUACAUGUCAGAUAUGCAAAAAAUAUGGGUACCAGCAAGUGAUUGUUGGUCGAGGUAUUCUGACAAUGGUGAUGAUGAUGACUCUCACUCGGAUGACAAGGAUGAUACAGGAGUGGAUACAAACUGGUAUGGGCAUCUUAUGGAGUGGAUACAAACUGAACCUGCUCAUUCACUGCAAAGGAACUUCUGAGUUGCAAGAGCAAAAAAAGCGUGGCAGCCAAGGUGGGCGACGUGCUGGUGGGCGAGCUGCUGCGGGCGUGGGGCUGCACGCGGCCCACCGGAAGCUGGAGCGCCACCUCGCGGCCGUCCAGCACAUCCUGCUGGACGCCGAGGCGAAGAGCCGCACCAACCCCGCCGUCCGCGAGUGGGUCAGCGACCUCAAGACGGCCGCCUACCAGGCCGACGACGUCCUCGACAACUUCCGCUACGAGGCGCUGCGCCGCCGCGCACAGACCCGCUGCUCCAUGCCCACGACGCGCAAGGUGCUAAGCUACUUCACAGUCGAUAGUCCCAUCGUUUUCCGUCUUUCCAUGAGUAGGAGGAUGAAGGAUGUCCUUGAAAAGAUAGAUGAGCUGGUUGUGGAGAUGAACAAUUUUCACUUCCUUACGCAUACCGAGACACCAAGCAUUGAACACCCGCAAACACACUCUCGUGUUGAUGAAUCAGAGAUUGUCAGCAAACUAGAUGAGAAGGAACAGGUGGUGAAGAUAUUGCUCGAGAACCAAUGUGACAACAAUAAUGUCAUGAAGUGUGAAUUGACUAAGAUGGAGGCACUGCAAAAGGAACUUAGCCAAGUGUUGGGCAAGAAAAGGUACCUCCUAGUUCUGGACGAUGUUUGGAAUGAAGAUAGACAAAAGUGGGAUGAUCUGAGAUCAUUACUAUGCUCAGAUGCUGGCUCAGGUAGUGCUAUAAUUGUGACAAGCCGCGGCAAUCAAGUUGCUUCUGUCAUGGGAACAAUUCGUUCACAUCAGAUAUCACUUCUGAAUGAGGAUCAAUCAUGGGAGCUUUUCCACAGGAAUGCAUUUGUAGGGGAAGUGGAAAAGCAAGAUGAAUUGAUUUUAAUGGCUAGGAAUAUUGUCCAGAAGUGUAAGGGGUUGCCUCUUGCUAUCAAGACCAUUGCAGCUUUACUUCGUAUGGAGCAUCAUAAUGAGUGGUUUCCUGUUCUGGAUAGUGAUGUCUGGAAGAAUGAGAUCCUCAGAACUGGGUGUAUACCUGCAUUACAGCUAAGCUACGAUCACUUGUCACCCGAAGCAAAAAUAUGUUUUUCCUUCUGUGCUAUUUUCCCGAAGGGUAGCAUGCUCGAUAAAGACAUGGUGAUCCACUUAUGGCUUACCAAUGACUUCAUUGCAUCAGAAACAAGGGGCCAACAAAUUUUUGAAGUCUUGGUUUGGAGAUGUUUCCUCCAAGAUGUGAAAACUCAAGAGAAUCUGCUCUCCGUAUUUCGAGAUGAGUACAUUCACAGACCAACUACAUGCAAGAUGCAUGAUCUCAUGCAUGAUCUUGCUGAGUCCGUAAGCGGAAAUGAUUGCACAGUUCUUCAAAAGGACUCACCUAAUGAAAUUAUGCAAGGAUCCACACAUGCUAGUUUAUUACUACGUGAUGUUCGACAUUUGUCACUUGUUUCUAUCAAUAAUACUAGAGCAGCCAUGAAGGAUAUUAUAGCUCCCCGCACAAUAAUAUUCCAAAGGGAGUGGUUUGGAACUCCUCUGAUUAACAGAGUCAAAAUUCAUGUCCUUACGAGCAUUGAAGGUCUUCGCUAUCUAGAUUGUUCUUAUUCUCUUAUAGAUGCACUGCCAAAAGCCACUUCCAUGUUGUAUAGCUUGCAAACUCUAAAGCUCAUUGGUUGUGAAAAUCUCAAGAAAUUACCGGAAGGGAUGAGAUGCAUGAGCAGUCUUCGGCACGUCUUCCUCAUUGGGUGUUAUUAUUUGAAGCACAUGCCAAAGGGUAUUGUGAAGGAAAUAUGCCCUAGAGGCAAUAAUAAAGUUAUUAUUUAUUUCCUUAUAUCAUGA